UCUCAAUGUCAAUUAUUUUUAAGGCCUUGGGGGUGAAUUUGGUAGUGGAAAUGCACUCUAAUUGCAAAUGCGCAUUGCUUGCGCGGUUGUGCGCGUUCAUUUGAUCAGUUGCGAGAUGUCUUUUCAUUUUAAGAUGGAGUCAAACACAGCUGACGAAAUGUCACAGAUUUGUCAGAGUUAGUGGGUGUCGGAAGUUUUUUUUUACACAAACGACGAAAUAUUUUCGUUUUUUAUAAUUUUUACCCAAUUUACACACAUUUUAAUUUAAUACUAGUCAUAAUGCAGUGAUUUUAAUCCUUAGUGAGACAUAAAGGAGUACCUAUUACAAAGAUGGACUUGGAAGAUUCGGGAGGAGGUUUGGGUACGGAAACGAUUUAUGGAACCCACGAGGAUUCGCACGUUGUCAUGUCCGAAAAGGUUCAAUCUCUCGCUGGUAGUAUUUACCAGGAGUUCGAGAGAAUGAUCGCACGGUACGAUGAGGAUGUUGUCAAAACUUUGAUGCCGCUCCUAGUUAACGUCUUGGAAUGCCUGGAUUCCGCGUAUCAAGCUAAUCAGGAGCAGGACGUCGAAUUGGAGUUGCUGAGGGAAGACAACGAACAACUAGUCACACAGUAUGAAAGGGAGAAGGGUGCAAGGAAAACUUCUGAACAGAAGCUUCUAGAGUUUGAGGAUGCUGCAGAAGGUGAACGUAAGGAGUUAUCCGCAAGGUUAGAAGCGCUGGAAAGCAUUGUCAGAAUGCUGGAGCUGAAACACAAAAACUCAAUGGAGCACGCCGGUCGAUUGGAAGAGCGGGAAGGCGAACUAAAAAAGGAGUACGCAAAACUGCACGAGCGGUACACGGAACUUUUUAAAACUCACAUGGAUUACAUGGAACGUACAAAGUUGCUCUUGUCAGGGCAACAGUUGGCAAAUGAGAGGGCAGAUGUGGGAAGAUUAAAUGUCGGCCGGUUGAGCAUCGGGCGAAGUUCCGGUCCCAUUUCCUUCGGUUUUGCAUCACUAGAAGGGGCGGCUGAGGGUGUGGAUAGUGUGCCAACAUCGCCAAUUAGUAGUACACACUCAUCUCCCAGCCUACAUAGCGAAUUAGAUAACGUAAAUCGCGCGGUUCACACGGUCGAGCGUUCUCAAGAAACGGAUUCGCUUAAUUUAGAGCAUAAGAGCAUGGUAACUUCGCCAAUUAGUCCUCCAGUCCAAGUGAAUAACAACACGGGUCGUGUACAGACGCGAAGGGAACAACGCAGCGGGAACACCCUGUAUCAAGAACUCAGUUUUCAGGAUGUCGAUGCUUUGGGCGAUAUGGACGAUGGAGCCGAUAUUACGGGUGGAUGGGUACAUCCAGGGGAAUAUGCUUCGUCAGUCAACGAUAACUUUUUUGGCAUGGGAAAAGAAGUUGAAAACCUCAUUAUGGAAAACAAUGAACUGUUGGCUACCAAAAAUGCGCUAAAUGUCGUUAAAGACGAUCUCAUAGUGAAAGUUGACGAACUUACCGGCGAAGUUGAGAUGCUACGUGAAGAGAUUCUGUCGUUAAACAUGUCUAGAGAUAAAUUACGUAACCGCGUCACCGACUUAGAAGACGAGCUAAAGAAACUACGCGAGGCGAACGAGAACAAACUCGAAGCGAACGAAGACGAGGCUGACAUUCCUAUGGCUCAACGAAAAAGGUUUACACGUACGGAAAUGGCGCGGGUCUUAAUGGAACGUAAUCAAUACAAGGAACGUUUCAUGGAGUUACAAGAGGCCGUACGUUGGACGGAAAUGAUACGGGCGUCGCGGAGUGACACCGGCGUAGAUAAGAAAAAUCCUCAGAGCAUUUGGAAAUUUUUUAGUAAUUUAUUUAGUAGUUCCGAUAGGCCACAGCGGCAAAUACUCUCGCCUCAUUUAAGGUACCAAGCCGCUACAAAUCAAAUUGCGCCAGGUGUUAGGGCCCUUCCUCGACCAGGACAAGAUUUUUUAGACACUGAAGUGGGAUCUGACCGUUUGAUUGCGAGACGGGCGGUCGAAAGGAAAGAACAAUAUAGGCAGGUCAGAGCCCACGUUCGAAAAGAAGAUGGUCGAUUGCAAGCGUACGGUUGGAGUUUACCAGGCAAGACGAGCAGCGCGAGUAAGAGCACGCAUAGCAGUAGUGGCGGAGUUCCAGUUCCGGUGCCGGUGUAUUGUCGCCCUUUGGCCGAAACCUCGCCUGGAAUGAAAAUUUGGUGCGCCGCCGGAGUAAAUCUGAUGGGCGGAUACACACGAGAUGGCGGCCUAAUGGUAGGGGGUAGUGUGUUUUAUUACGAAGAGCCGGAGGUGGAAAAAGCGCCAACAGACGACGUGGAGAGUUUAGACAAAGAACUGAACGCGAACCGAGAGGCCGCGCUACUAGAAACGAAACUGUCAUCGUACGUCUGGAUCGGCACAUCAACUCAUUCGGCUAGCAUUGUGACCGUGAUCGACGCGAAUAAUCCCGCUGAAAUAUUGAACAGUUUCGGCGUUUGCUCCAACCACCUUUUAUGCAUUGCGAGUGUACCUGGUGCUAGUUGUAACGAUUAUGUAUAUAAUAAAAACUCUACCAAAGCAAAUAUUAGUCUUGACGAGAAAAGCUUGGACGACGACAGUGGGAUAGGUGAUUCCAAUCCAAAAAAUUCAGAGGAAGUUGAUCCAGAAUUAGUGGUUGGAAAGGUUAGCUUUGUUGAGUACAAUGAUACGGUAAAAAACAAAAAAGAUAAACGCAAACCUGCAGAUCAAGAAGUGGCGGGGGAAAAUGCAACUGAAUCGCCGCCUGUCGAAAACUCAGAUGAAAGCACUAAUCAUAAGCUGAUGUCCAGUGUGUUGGCAACAAUGUGGUUAGGUGCUCAGAAUGGUAUGCUUUUUAUACAUUCAGCAGUUGCAAAUUGGAAUCAAUGUUUGCAUUCAGUUAAAUUGAGCGAUGCAGUUUUAAGCAUUGUUCACGUGGAUGGAAGUGUGGUGGUAGCGUUAGCAAAUGGAACUGUGGCUGUGUUUUAUCGUGAUAUUGAAGGUGAAUGGGAUUUAUCUCAGUAUCACCUCGUACAGUUAGGUCUCCCGCAACAUUCUAUAAGGUGUUUAUCUGUUGUUGGUGAUAAGGUGUGGUGCGGAUAUAGGAAUAAAGUCCACGUGUUGGAUCCGAGGGAUCUGAAGGUUGUACAUACUCUGGAAGCUCACCCCAGGAAGGAAAGCCAGGUUAAACAGUUAGCUUGGUUGGGUGAGGGAGUGUGGGUUUCAAUUAGAUUGGAUUCGACUUUGAGGUUAUAUCAUGCACAUACUUACCAACAUCUGCAAGAUGUGGAUAUAGAUCCUUACGUUAGUAAGAUGUUAGGAACCGGAAAAGUUGGAUUCUCAUUCGUGCGGAUAACUGCGUUACUAAUUUCUUCCAAUCGGUUGUGGAUUGGAACGGGAAAUGGUGUGAUCAUAUCCGUUCCUCUGAGCGAAAGCGGUGGAUCUUGUGCGGCGAUAGUACCACGCGGAACCAUUUUGCCGGGCGCAGGCGUUCGCGUCACUCCGAUUCCCGGAAGCUACAUACCAUAUUGCUCGAUGGCGCACGCCCAGCUUAGCUUCCAUGGCCAUCGAGAUCCUGUGAAGUUCUUUGUUUCCGUCCCUGGAAAUGGAGGUAUGAGUGCUGCAUCCACACCUUCUGAAGCAACAUCAGCCGCGGUUACACCCAUUAACGGCCCGAUGAAGACACCAGCUGCCAUGUUGGUCAUGUCCGGUGGAGAUGGAUACAUUGACUUCAGAAUUGGUGACGGUGAAAUGGAGGAGAGCGUUACCGAGGAACCACCAGUGACUGAUCUAGAAGCUAUAACUCAGGGUGAAAAUAAGGAUGUAAAGAGUCAUUUAAUUGUAUGGCAAGUGUCACUAGGAUAAUUCAUUUUUAGCAAAAGACAAUUAUAUAGCGAUUUUAAAUAUUAUAUAUAUUCGCAUAGAAUUUGCUAGCAAAAUUUUACAUAUUUAUAGGUUUUAAAAAUAGUGACACUAGGACGUACGAUGUAGAAUUUUUUAAUGGUAAUACACUUCCUCUCCAGAUUUUUAAUUAAUUCAUUUUUCAAUCGAAAAUGAGGCUUUUAAUUUUCUUAUGACAUUGUCAAAAUAUUUAUUGUUGUCAUUUUAUGUAAAUUAUGUAAAUGCUUACAUGUAUUGUAUGUGUAGCUCUUGUUUUGCUUGUGAUUAGAAUAUUUCGCAAA